AUGCAGGUCUAUGUGCGUUAUGAAGACGCUGAGACCGAUUACAAAUGGGUACGUGGACGUGUACUACGUCGUGUAGAAAACUCUGUGUCCCAUGUCCUCGUACAGCUCAACAAUAUUGAGAAAACAGUUGAAGUCGAUGAAGCUCAAGACGUUCGUAUGAUGAAUGAACUGGUGGCAGGACAGAGGCUUGCAGACGUCGAGAACUUGGAUGUACUUACACAUUUGCAUGAGCCAGCAUUUGUGGACUAUUUGGCACAGCGUUACAGUGUGGAUCAGGUGUAUUGUCGAUCUGGCGCCGUUCUUAUCGCUGUGAACCCAUUCAAAGAGAUUUCAGGGCUUUAUGACCUGCACAAGUACCAUCAGGAAAUGCGUGACUGGACAGCACUACCACCUCAUGUGUUUUCGACUGCUGAAGGGGCGUAUCGAUCGCUACGACGACGAUUGCAGGAGCCUGGAGAGAGUAAGAAGAAUCAGACAAUUCUAGUGAGUGGAGAGAGCGGAGCAGGAAAGACCGAAACGACGAAAUUUAUCUUGAAUUACUUAGCAGAGUGCAGUCAACAACAAGUGGAUAUGACAAGUAGAAGUGAAAGGAAGCGAUCGAUCAGCGGCAGUGAAUUGAUGAGUGCGAACCCGAUUUUGGAGUGUUUUGGCAAUGCCAAAACACUGCGCAAUAACAAUAGCAGUCGAUUUGGAAAAUUUGUGCGCAUGUUCUUUGAUGGACCGGAGCUCAAUGCGUCGUUGAGGAUGGUGGGUACGUCGGUCCAGACGUAUCUUUUGGAAAAAGUUCGUGUGGUGCAUCAGAACGACGGAGAACGCAAUUUUCACGUGUUUUAUGAGCUGCUUGUUGGUGCAAAAGAUACUAUGAAGAAAAAGCUGUAUCUUGAGAACAUGUCAGUGCUUGAUUUCCAGUACAUUAAUGGGGGACGAUGUUUUCAGAGAAAUGAUGGCGUACGUGAUGAUAAGCAGUUCCAAUUGGUGCUACAGUCAAUGAAAGUUCUGGGCUUUACUGACAUUGAGCAAGAAGCGAUUUGGAAAAUUCUGAGCGCACUGCUACAUCUCGGAAACGUUUUGUUUGCUUCUUCGAUUGAAGAUGAGGGAGAAGAAGACAAUGGAACGGCAUCAGCCCCGUGUCGGCUUGCAUCUGCCUCAUCCUCUUCGCUUACGGUGCAGGAGCACCUUGAUAUCGUGUCAAAAAUCUUUGCUGUAGAUCAGGAGGAGCUUCUUUCAGCACUGACCACGCGGAAAAUCAGUGUUGGAGGCGAAAUAUUCCAUGCAAGCUUAAGUAUUGCGCAAUGUGUAGAUGCCCGAGACGCAAUGGCUCGCUCAUUGUAUGACUUUUUGUUUCGGUUUCUGGUCUUGAAGGUGAACUCAGCCUCACCGCAAGUGCAGCAGUUUACGAAUGCUGAAAUGAAAGAUGUCAUGACACUGACACCAUGCAUUGCAGUCCUGGAUAUAUUCGGCUUUGAAGAAUUUGAAGUUAAUCAGUUCGAGCAGUUUUGUAUUAAUUACGCUAACGAGAAGCUGCAGUAUCAGUUUAUUCAGGACAUUCUUCUGACUGAACAGCAAGCUCAUAUUGAGGAGGGGAUUAAGUGGAACGCCGUGGACUACGAAGACAACUCUAUGUGUCUGGAAAUGGUUGAGCAACGACCAAGUGGUAUUUUCUCACUUCUGGACGAGGAAUGUGUUGUGCCAAAGGGAAGUGAUGCAGGAUUUGCUCGAAAGUUGUACCAGCGACUGCAGGAUCAUAGCAACUUCAGCGCUUCUCGAUCGGAGCAAGUUGAGUUUGCGUUCCAAGUUCAUCACUACGCAGGCAAUGUUCGGUACCAAGCAGAAGGUUUUUGUGAGAAAAAUAAGGAUCAGCCCAAUGCAGAGCUGUUUAGCGUUUUGGAGAAAACUAAUGACGCGCAUUUGCGCGAGCUCUUCAGCUUUUUUAAAGCUAGCGAGUCAGCACAGCUUCAGCUUGUUCAGCCUAAACUAAGACGGCGGUCGUCAGUCCUCAGCUCGGUGGGCAUCGGAUCUCAGUUCAAGCAACAACUAGCAAGUUUGCUCGAUGUCGUUCAACAGACGCAGACACACUAUAUUCGCUGCAUUAAGCCUAACGACGAGAGCGCAUGCAACAAGUUUGACAUGGCAAAGGUGUCAAGUCAAUUGCGUUACGGUGGUGUGCUGAAAGCGGUGAAGAUUAUGCGUCAAUCGUUUCCUGUACGCAUGAGACAUGUCGACUUCUUGAAGCGGUAUCACCUAUUGGUGGCAAAGCCAGGUAGUGACAACAAGCCUGCGUCGGAAUGGACCGCUUCAGAUUUAUUGACACUUCUGGAGAUCGAUCGAGUGGAGCUUGGUAAAACUCGUGUGUUUUUACGGCAGCAGGCUUUUGAUCAAUUGGAAAAAAGUCGUGAACGUGCCGUUGCGGUAUCUGCAACGAAAUUACAAAGCUCGUGGCGUCGCAAACAGCAGCGCCAAGUGUACAUUAGACAAUUACAUGUGUUGUGGAGCAUUCAAGUGCGGUGGAAGGCUAUCUUGGAGAAGAAACGCCGCAUUACUCGACGCAACAACGCAGCAAGACUACUUCAACAUGCAAUGCGCAUCUGGGUGGAAGGGGUAAAAAGACAUCGUUAUCAAAGUGUAUUGCUCAUUCAGCGAAGUAUUGUAAGAUGGCACCGCGCACGCACUGCGUUAUCGAGGACUGCUUCAUCUCUUGAGGCUUCUUCUAGAGCUUUGAGGCCAGAAGAAAAGCCGGCAGAUACGUUAAGCUACAGGGGUCGUGAAAGUGAGGUCACAGCUGAAACGCAAGAAGAAGAUGACGUAUUUUCAACAGCAACUGCUUCAGUCGGGACAAGUGCAUACUCGGACGAUACCGACUUUUCACCUAUGGAUGUAGUGCGAAGAGCUGCUCUUCGCGGUCGUAUGAGUGGUGACGGAUCUGAUGGUGAUAAUGCGAUGCUUAAGCAGGCUUUGAGAGAUGUCGAAAGGCUUCGUCAUAGGGCUGAAGCUGCUGAAGCUGCAUUGUCGCAUUUUGCUAGCCGAGACAUGUAUGGAGAUCCUGUCUCCAGUGAUACGAUGUCCACAGUUGCGACCAGAGCAGCACCGCAUGUAGAUGGACCGCACUGCGAUCGUGGCGCAAGCGACAGCAACAAUUCUUUGUGGCACCAAAUGAAUAUGUCAAGCCUCAGAAUUGAUCGAUAUGGUAACACGGUAUUGCACCAGGCCGUAAAAGGAGGCAAUUUGGAGCUCGUGUGUGCUCUUCUUGUCAAUGAAGCAAGUGGAGCGCUUGACAUGUUGCAGCAGGCUGAAACGCAGCGUGGUUUCUCGCCACUGCAUUUGGCUGUUCGCAGUGGUAACUUUGAAAUUGCGAGCGUGUUUUUUCGUCCCGAGGUGUUACCACAUCUCGACUUGAAUUUCAGUGAUCGUGAGGGCAACUCGGCACUUCAUUUGGCCACGCAGCUUGAAGUGAAGUUUGCAUCGCGCGUUAUCGAGCUCUUGCUCUGCUUUGGUGCUGACGCAAAUGCCGUAAACCUGUUGAAACAAACGCCUUUACAUCUCUGUGCCAUGAUCAAGCGCAAUGGCUCUGCAACAUGUGAGCUCAUGGAGACGCUCUUGAGACACAAGGCGGAUCCACAGAAGGUUGAUUUUCUAAAGCGUUCACCUUUGCACUAUUGCAUGGAGAAAGACAUGGAAAAUGAGGCCGUGCUGUUGAUAAAACAUGGAGCGGAUAUGAAUGUACCCGAUGGAGAAGGCGUGCGUGUCAUUUUUGACCCAAGAGCCACUGCUCUCUUGCGAUUCCUACGAGUAACGCCGUCGUGGAUUCCAGAUACUGACUUCGUCCUGGAAUGGCCGUUUCUGUUUCGACUGCAAGCAUUACGCCCACUACACAUCGAUUGCCUAACAAGCGCAUUCGUCGUCGUAUUUUUCCUUUUGUGUUCCAAAAGGAGAGAGUGA